UCCCCACCUUCAGUGUGUUCGGGUUCACCAUGUUCCCUGUACAACAGUGCGCCUUCGCUGAGUGUCGAAAACGCAAUGUACCGCCGCCAUUGUUGCCGUGCGGAGCUACGGACGGUCCUCGUCAAAUACGUUCGGUUUUAUCGCUACAAACCGAUAUUAGAUGCAGAAUAACGUCACGGAGAUAACGCAGAAACUACUCGGUGCAUUAGACGGCGAUUAUAAUGUUACUAACAUGGCUACCAUCAUUGAAGUCAUCACACUCCUGGAGAAGGUUACAAUCACCAAAGAGCUGCUCGAGGCCACCCGACUGGGUAAGCACAUCAAUGAGUUGCGCAAGCACCUCGCCAACGACACGCUGGCGAAGCGCGUCAAAUUGCUGGUGAAGAAGUGGCGCAACAUUGUGCUGGUGGCGAAUCCGCCGGACGUGUCAGCGCUGCCGGUGCCAGUCGCCACCAACGGUCAGAUUCGUCCGUCGGCCGCGCCCUUGGAUGAGGGUGGAGGCAAGAAGCGGCCGCCGUCGCGGCUUGACCACACACCCACACACGUCAAGAAGCAUCGGGCGAACGGCGGCGGGACGGCGCCGCCCUUCGACUAUGACUUCUCCGACAACUCCAAUUCCUCGUUCAAAGACAUCGUGUCGAGCACUCCGGCCAAACAGCCGGUCACGCUGGUCGUCGUCAAUUCGGACUCGAAUUCGAGUACAAGCGCGCAGGAUGCGCUUCUCCGCGAGUCUGCGUACGACGACCAGAUACCGAAGAAGCGCGGCCGCAAGAAAGGCUCGAAAAACCACAAGAAUCUCAUCGAAGAGGCCGAGUCGUCCUUCUCCAACAAAAUGGCCGUGUCGCGCGGCAACGCCAAGGUGAAGACGACGCAGGAGCUCAUCGAGAGUCUGCAGAACCGGUCGCUGCCACCGGCCGGAGCGACGCCUACAUCACCAGCGCGUAAUGUAGACGACUGGCGUGAACGUGCGGCGAAACUCACGGAGCGCGUUAGUCUCAUCGACCAGAAGCUCAAUUCGGGCGUCAAUCGUCUGAAAAAGCAUCGGAGUGGCAGCAACAAUAAUCGAGAGAGCGGCGUGUUGCAUCACUCAUCACCACUGCAGCAUCUACAACGCCCUGCGUCACCCGAUGAUGAAGAUGACGAUGAAAUCAUUGUCGUGGAUGAUGUGCCGGCGGCGAUGAGCAAACAGCACCGUAAACGACUGCCUUCCGAUGAUAAUGACGCGGUGGAUAGUCAACCACCGACGGAACAGCAUCUGGUGGUGCCACUGUCGCUGUCCGAAGAGGAGGCGCUCCGUCGCCUGCCGCCAAUUGAUAUGGACGGCGGCGAGGACGAGCAUGAAACACCAGUUUGCUGGUGUGUGAUGAAAGAGCCCGUCGAGUCGUCGCUAGUCGUGGAUGGUAGCGCGGAGGAGCGGCCGCCGUUACCCCCGCCACCUGUCGCCUUUCGCGAGCACGUCGACUGUCCGGCGCGCCGCCGUCUCGAGGAGAAGUACAGACUGAACGACGUCGGCGACGAGCGCGUCGCGUUGCUGCACGCCGCCUAUGCGGAUAAUCUUAACGGCAACUACGGCGAGGCGCGCUUGCAGUGCGAGCAGCAGCAGCAACAGCCUUCCUCCCCAACCACCGCCACCUCCACCCCAUCCACCAUCUCCCAUACCGACGUCAACAUAGUGCCUAAUUUCUAUCAACUGCCAGCGAAGAGCGAGGCGUGUAGUGAAACCUACAAGAAGUACAGUAUUUCGGAGGGCGGCGAGGAGCGGGGGCCUGGGCCGGGGCAGGAUUCAACCAAGGGGCGGCAGUUUUGCGAGUUUCACGAAUGCCUCGACCGGCCCUCGUACGACGGCGAAACGCUGCGCAUCCUGCCGUACGUCAUCAUCGACUAGACGACUAGAAGAAGCAGCAGAAGAAGAAGACGCAUGAGAUGAACAAAUACCCGCCCGCUAGUCCGCGCGGCACUCGCGCCUCCGUCCGCCCGCCACUCUAUGCCGUUGCACAUCGUUGAUAUUUGUACAUAUACUAUUGUAAGUGAUUGUUGAAAAAUUGGAGCGGGCCGGGGCGCGAGUGUGCGCCGCGCCGAGGACUUUGUAAGACUGUGAAUAUCACCGCGAGAUGAUAGCCCCGAUACAAAGCGUAAUGAUGAAUAUUAAUUAUUAUUAUUAUUAUUAUUAUUAUUGUAAUACUUUAUUCGAUUCUAUCUGCGUCUGCAUCCUAUUAUUUAGUACCAACCAGAGCGAGAGAAGCGCAUUGUUUGAUUACAUGUAUCUGAAUUUGUUAUUUAUUCAUUAAACAAAUGCAACGAGA